AUGCCGCGCCAAAGAGAAAGACGUCGUCUUGAAGGGGAUCACAGAAGACUCAAACUCGACGAUCCAGAUUCCCAGGUCAGGGCACCGUCAUUUCAUGAGUUCAAGGAUCACUUAGGAGAAGAUGCGGUCAGUAUCUGGCCUUUCGACCCUCAGCAUGCAACACAGCAGCAAAACGAAGAUGGCAGUGUGAUAUUCAAAGGUCCUCGAGACUUUUCGAAACCAUGGCCGAUUUUUGCUAUCCAAGUCUACACUGUCAAACCUCUGAGUGACGACCUUUCGGAGUUUCUUUCCCCAAUUGUACGCUAUGGUCGAAGGUCUUUCCGGGCUUUCGAGUGGGAGCCACGCGAUGCGGGUAUUUCAUGGCGCAUCGAUGUGUACAAACAACCUUUACAUGAUGUGUACGCUUGCAUCGCUCACCACAAGAGAGAAAUCGCUUAUCGAAGCAAUACAACUCGAUUUGGUCUUGGAGGUGGUCCGAUUCACCUCUAUGAUAAAAAAGCUUAUAGGGCGAGAAUUAUUGUCCUAGACCCACCUGAUUGGAACGAAAAGCCUAUCAUUUUGGCGAGUUUUGCUGCUAGAGACAAGGUACCCGAACAAUGUCCUUACGAGCUGGACUUAGGUAUCAGCGCAGUAGAUAACAUUGAUCGCGAUGUCGCCAUGUAUCAAGCUAUUCAGGACUGGGUUUUUGAUGCACAGCGUGAAGCAUGGAAAUUGGAAGCAAGCGAACAACAUUCAAAUCCAAACUCACCCGAGGAGCCAAGGAUCACGACUGUCCCAAAAGUUGACCACAAAGGUAUCAAAGGCACCGUGGAGAGACAGGAUAACGACAUCAUUUGCGUAAAGCUCAGAAAAUAUGAAGCCGCUCCGAAGGAGACAAAGUCUGUAUACCACGUCUUUCACCUCGAGUCUGCAGAGCUUGAUAGCACUCGACUGGGACACUCACUUCUGGACUCUCUCACACCUUUCCUACCUCCCGGCACGGCACUCGACCUUCUAAUUCACCCUCCUGAACCUCGUAUCGAUGCAUGUCUCAAAGCAUUUCACGCACUCCAAAUCUCUAACGCACAAACAAGUCACGCCAGACUCUUCGCUUUGAUCGACAAACAUGACUUCGUAGAAGAAAGUGGAAUUCUAUUUGUGCAGGCUGAGCCAUGCAGGUCUGCUCAUAGUCAAGUCAACUCGAAAACUGGCGAAUUGGUGACGAAAACCUUGCCUUUGUGCGAGAAAUGGAAUGGCGAGCAUGCUAUGGUGGCUUGGAGAGCUUAUGAUGUUAAGCGUGCUGCCUUGGAGUUUGCGGAUUCGGCGCUUGCUAUAUAA